AUGUCGGGCCGCAUUCGCGAUGUGUGGGCCGAUACGUUCGAGGCCGAGAUGGGCCAUAUACGUGCGGUGAUACGAAAGUAUCCAUACGUGGCAAUGGAUACCGAGUUUCCAGGGAUUGUUGCGCGUCCGAUCGGCCAAUUCCGUGGGUCGACCGACUACCACUACCAGACGCUGCGAUGCAAUGUCGAUCUCUUGAAGAUGAUUCAGGUUGGGUUGACGGUGUGUGAUGAGCAUGGCAAUCUGCCGCCAGAUACGUGCACUUGGCAAUUCAACCUGCGCUUUGAUGUGCAGCAGGACAUGUGUGCGCCCGACUCGCUCGAGCUACUCACGGCCGCGGGCAUUGACUUUGAGCGGCACUUGCGUUUUGGAAUUGAUCAGGAGUGGCUUGGAGAAAUGCUCGUGUCGUCAGGGCUGGUACUGCUGCCGGAUGUGCGCUGGAUCUCGUUUCAUUCGGGCUACGAUUUUGGCUAUCUGCUGAAGCUGGUGACGUGCCAGUCGAUGCCAGCGACGGAGGCCGAGUUUUUUGAAAUGCUGCACCUGUGGUUCCCGUGUGUGUAUGAUGUAAAGUUUUUGAUGCGCAGCUGCAAGACGCUCAAGGGCGGCCUGCAGGACCUCGCUGACGAUCUGCAAGUGAGUCGGAUGGGGCAACAGCACCAGGCCGGCAGUGAUAGCCUGCUGACGGCCUCGACCUUUUUCCGCUUGCGGGAUCGUUUCUUUGAGGGUGUGAUCGAUGAUGCCAAGCACCUGGGGUGCCUGUACGGCUUUGCCAAUACGAUGUCUGCGACGUUGACGCCGGCAGGCACCGUUGUAUACCAACCCGUGGAUGCGGUGCGCACGCCUGUUAUGCCCAGUAUGCCGACGUCGGUCCUGCCCGCUGGCGCUGGUGGUGCACAGCCACCAAUGGCCGCACCUGCGACGGCACGAUCCUUGUAUACUACCACAUAG